AUGCCUCUCGUCAACACCACCGAAGUCAGCGAGGACACUCGUGUCCUCGGCUACGACCCUCUGCUCUCGCCGCAGUUCCUGCAGACCGAGAUCCCCGCGCCCGAGCGUGCCAUCCAGGCCGUCCGCGCCGGCCGCAAUGAGGCCAUCGAGAUCAUCGAGCAGCGCGACGACCGCCUCCUCGUCAUGGUUGGCCCCUGCUCAAUCCACGACCCCGACACCGCACUCGAGUACGCCCGCCGCCUGAAGGAGCUGUCCGGCAAACUGUCCAAGGACCUGUGCAUCAUCAUGCGCGCCUACCUGGAGAAGCCCCGCACCACCGUCGGCUGGAAGGGCCUGAUCAACGACCCCGACAUUGACGAGUCCUACAACAUCAACAAGGGCCUGCGCGUCUCGCGCAAGCUCUACCACUGGCCUCCCCAUCGCCUCCGAGAUGCUCGACACCAUCUCCCCCAGUUCCUGGCGGACCUGAUCUCGCUGGGCGCCAUCGGUGCCCGCACCACCGAGUCCCAGCUGCACCGUGAGCUGGCCUCGGGCCUGUCGUUCCCGAUCGGCUACAAGAACGGCACAGACGGUAACCUCACCGUGGCCAUUGACGCGAUCGGCGCUGCCGCCCACCCGCACCGCUUCCUGGGUGUGACGAAGCAGGGUCUCGCGGCGAUCACCAAGACCGCCGGUAACGAGCAUGGCUUCGUGAUUCUGCGCGGCGGUAACAGGGGCACCAACUAUGAUCGCGAGAGCAUCCGCGGUGCGCGCGAGGCGCUCCGCGCGAAGAAGCAGCGCGAGGUCAUGAUGGUCGACUGCUCGCACGGCAACUCGCAGAAGAACCAUCUCAACCAGCCGGUCGUCGCGAAGUCAGUCGCUGACCAGCUGCGUGAAGGCGAGACGGCUAUUGUCGGCGUCAUGAUCGAGUCUAAUAUCUACGAGGGUAACCAGAAGGUGCCCCCCGAGGGUCCCGCGGCUCUGCUCAAGGGCGUCAGUAUCACCGACGCCUGCAUCAACUGGGAGAUGACGGUUGAUGUGCUGAAUGAUCUGGCCGAUGGUGUGCGCGCGCGCCGCGCCCUGCUGGCUGCCAAGCCGAACGGUGCGAAUGGCUCGAACUGA